UUUCUUCUGCCUAAGAGGUUGAAAUGUAGGAGAGACAGCCUCCUGCUCUCUUGCCUCCUAGUUCCUAGGCACAUUCUCUUGGACUCUAUAGAAGACAGCCUGGCAAAAAAUGCUUUAAUAUCAAGUUUGGAACAACUUAGUGCUUAGUGAAGAGGACUGUCUCACCAGGGAAUGCUGCUGAAUCUGUUGUUUCCUGGGCAAGGUCAGCUAUUCUGUGCUCAUUAGAAAGGCAAUAUUGCCCUUUCAAAACUAGGAGUAUUAAUCCUCUGGCAAAAUCCCACUUUUCUUUACCUGCCUACUCCUAACUGGAUAUAUUUUUCAGUUGCCUCAACUUCUUCCCUAGCUCAUAUAAUGGUCUAUUGGAAUUGCUGUGCACUAAUGAAUAACUAAUUUUGUUUCUCCAGACAGAGCUGCUGUUGUGUCAGUGGAGUGACACAGUGGCUCAAAAGGAAACUGAGACUUCAAGAGAGUUUUUUAAGUACAGGAAAUCAGAGGGUAACAAACGCACUGAAAAUAGGCAGUGAUGUUCAGCAUGUGUGUAUGUGUGGAUGGACCCUCUAAUUAGUUUUGCUGAACAUUUGAAAUCUGCUGCAUAGUUCUAAAUUUAUCACUACUAGAUAGGAGAGAAAUCUGGGAGAGAAAAAGUUUGUCUGUUGGCCCAUAGUUCACUUGCAGAUAUUUUUUCUGAUAUGUAUUUUAAUCUCCAGUAUUAAUAAAAAUGAGGUAGCUGCUGCUUUUCUCUUUUAUAAGAGUACUAAGGAAGUAAUCAUCACCUUGUAAAUGUAAGAUUGUUGUUGACUUUAUGACAGAGAAUGGUUUAGCUGAAAUUAAAAUCACCCACAUGACUGUAAGCAUCAUCAGUUAAUUUUGUUUUCCAGGACUGGGAUCUUAUGAAAACACAUUUUGCUUGCAGUAAUUUGUAUCUCCUGCCUCUUCUGAUGCCUUUGAAACCUUCAAACACAACCUUUGGUUGUGUGUCCAGUGAGUGCAGUGUGGACAGGGCACAGCUGCAGGGGGAGCAAACCAUUUGUGUGUUUGGGAACUGGUUUGGCUUUUCAGCUGGGCUGUGGAUGGCAGGAGGGCCCAGGGGUUUUGUUGGUGGCUGUUCAGACCCCUGAAUUUCCCUAGGUGGAUUAAGAAGGUGUUGGAAUGAUACCAGCUCCUGUCUGACACUGAUUCUUCUUGCCUCUGCUGUUUAGGCAAGUUGGACAAAGCAGUUAAUGUUGCCUGUGUUGCUAAAUUAAUGUGAGACAAUGUGUGGUUACUGCAAUUAUGUAGGAAAAGCUUUUAUCAUUUCAAAUGAUGGUCAGGUGAGAAAACUGCUGGUGUUUUCCUGAAACACAUUUUUAAAUUGAAUGUGCUGGCAUAUAACCCUCACUAAACAAAUAUUUAGAUUGCUGCAUUGUACUGAUGUCCAGAGCACUGGGCAUGAAAGUUCAUGCUUAAUCUCCUGGGCAGGUAUUUCUUACUAAUAAAAGAAUUUUUUUCAGAUCUGUCCGUAUCUCCCAUGCAUAUAAAAAGGGAAAUAGAAGAGCAGCAGGAUUUCUGUUGCUCUGAAAGUUUAUUUCUUCUAGGUGCUCGAUAUUGGAGUCUAGCACACUGCUGGUUCUGCUUAUAUGGCUGGGCAUCUUCCUUCUGAAAUUCAAAGGCCCUUUCAAAAUUGUGUUUGUUUCCAGUUUGAUUACAGAAAGCUUUUUUUCAGCAGCAGUGUAAUCAUCACUUUUAAGUCCCCUGCAUCCCAUACAACUGAUGUAGCAGUUAAAUGUGUCCUCUUCAGUGGUACCUGCUAGUAGAAGAAUGUGCUGAUGCAUUUAUAUACUGAGUGCUUUUAAUUUAAAUUAAACAAGAGGAGCUUUUUGGCAAAGUUUGUAUUUUUCACUGACUGAUGAGGUGGAAAGAAUAUGCAAAUUUUAAGUACACAGAUGCUUUCUCCAGCGGAAGACAAAAAGGCAUCUUCAAAACUGUGCAAUGGAUUGCUCCAACUUUGAUUUGUAUCAGGCAAUUUUAGGAGUAACAGAGGUUGGUGCCUUGGAAUAGAAGAGAUUGCAAGAGGAGAGUGGAGGCAGGAGAGUGCAGAUGCCCUGGUGGGAGGGAGAUGCACCUGCUUGUAAGCUGGGAAAGGAAAGAGGUUUUACUUUCAUAUGCCAUGAAACCAAUAUCAUCAUUGAUUUUUUCCUCACCAACAUUAUGAAUUUUUGCUUCAGUUUGUGUGUUUCCAUUGAAGAUCAGGUUUUAGAGACCAGGAAUGGUGCAACUUGUUUUGUGAGAGCCAUUCCUUCAGUGGCAGCUCCAGCCCUGUAAGAUCUUUCUUCUGCAGUGCAGCAGUUCCCUUCCUGGGAGAGAGUUCAUCAGCAUGAAGUCCAGCCUGUUUUCUGGUGGUGAUAAUUUUCUGUCUGAAAUUGUCCACAAUAAAAGUAAUUUAUGCGGUGGUUUUGUAUUAUUUUUGGAAGACUUCAUCAAGGAAGGGUUGGAAAAAGGUUCCUUUCAAUCCCUGCAUGUCAGGAACACCCAUGGGUGUUUUUAGUGGCACAAAGCAAGGCUGUGGAGUGGGGAGACUGCUAGCUUGAGUUGGUGGUGUAUGGCAAGUUUGAUAAUGUUGUGGGGUUGGGGUUUUCCCACUGCAUGCUCAGUAUAAAGGCUAUUUCAGAUUUAUCUUGUAGCUGCAAUAGUUCCUAAGAGGGUUGAAGUCAUCCUUUUUUAUACUGGAUGCUGUGUUUAAUUUAUGAGUAAUCUAGCACCAAUUGUGUCCUAGGUAAGAUUUACUGUUGAUUUUUCCCUAUAGCUAUUGGCACCCAGAUCAAUUACUUUGGAACUCACCUUUCCUAGAGUAGUUUGAGGUGCAUGUAUUUCUUAAUGCUGUCAGGAGGGACAAAAUUAGAUCAGUUUGGGUGCCUUAACUCCAUUUCCAUGUAGCAUAUUUGUAUAGAUAAUUGGAUUGGAAAUUGGAUUUCUUUUAGCCUCCAGGCUCAAUUUCCUGAUCAUUGUUAUGCUUUUUGGUUUUUUCAUAGACAAUGGCAGCCUAUUCAUGAUAAUCCUUCCUCCAGCUUACUGGGGUGUGUUUGGUUGUAUUAAUUUCUGCUCCAUGGAGCUGUGUUUGGGUCUUCAGAAUACAUAUUUUAUUUCCUGCUGAAAGCAAGUUGAGCAGCAAAAGUGUUUGAGGUGUGUUGAUGGUGGCCAUGCAACAAAAAGGUAUUCAGAAGACUGUCACUGUCAAAACAAAUUGCUUGUCAAGUGUCUCUCUUUGUUGGCUUCUUCUCAGCCUUUCAUCAUUUGCACUUUUCAAAAACAUCCUUCAGUUUCUGAGUGUUUUACCAGGAAUACACCCCCUCCCAAUGUUUAUGGAGAUGCCUGCCAGUCUUCUUUCUUUGCCCUGAAAAAAUGUGAGGCAAUUACUCCUCUGAAGCCAUAAAAUAAUGCUAUGUUAAAUUGGUUUGAAAUAGUUUUUUUGUAGUUUUUCUGAAGGUGGUAUAGCCAGCAAGCAAAUAUUCUAAUGAGGAGGCACAUAUAGUAACAUAUGUUACAGCAGAUCUUGCAUUUUUAGUAGCAGAGCUGACUAAAUGAAGAAGUUGUAGCAAAUUUAGCAAACACUUCUGUUAUAAAACCUCAAGUUACUGACAAACAAGGGUUUGAAUGUCCCUUUCUAACAAACAGUAGCUCUCCUGUGAUAACAUUUGUUUCCUCUGUCUCUCUUUCACUGGACUCCAGUGUUCUUCCUUGUAUUUGUUCUGAAAGGCUUCCUUUCUGUAAGCCUGUGCUUUUCCAUUCAUCCACCCAUUCCUUGAAACACCCUUCCUGUAAUGUCACCCCAUUGUGUAGUUUGUCAUUUAGGCUCUCUAGGCUCUCUUUUCAUCGUCACUGGCAGAAAUCUGCUGUGUUUUGUGUUAGGUAAUUGUUGGAGGUUUUCAGUUUGCCUCCCCUUUCUCAUGUGGGUUAGUAGAAAGCUUUUAUCAGAUUCAUUUUUCAGUACAUUUAUGAAGUUGUUUCAGGAAACAAGUCAUUUUUUAAUCUUAAUUGGGGGGGAAAGUGGCAGUUGGAUGUUAAAAUGGAAACAGGUGUAUCUGAUGUAAAAGUGAGUACAGGUGCUCACUCAGUCCUGCUCUGUACCCCUCUUGUAAAGAAGGGAUUAGGAUUCUUUGCCUUGAAAGCUUUUUCAAUCUCCUAUUCCUAAGUUGUGCUUAUUGCCUGGGGCACAGAGGGGCAGAGAAGGAUUUCAGUGUGCUGUGAGUCUGGCCAGCCUUGUGCCUGCCGUGAGGAUCCCUGCAGGGGCAGUGGUGGCUGUGUGUGCCAGGCCCUUCACAGAAUCCUGCAACAACAAACACUUGGCAUCCUCUUUUCCUAAGUCUUGUGGGUAUGGAAGCACUAGAACCAGCUGGGAAGAGCUGGGGGUUGUUUGGGGCUGCAUGGGAGGUUCUUUGGUGGAAAUGAUAGCAAUAGUCCAGGAAAGAAACUGAGGUUUAGAAUCUGAAUCAGGCUGCAACCCUCUUCUGUUUCUCUUAAGGUUUUCAGAUGUCAUCCUGGCAACAAUUUUGGCUACCAAGUCAGAUAUGUGUGGCAAAAAGUUUGAAUUGAAGAUUGAUAAUGUUCGCUUUGUUGGCCAUCCCACCUUGCUCCAGCAUGCCCUCGGGCAGGUAUCCAAAACUGACCCCUCACCAAAGAGAGAGAUGCCCACCAUGAUUCUGUUCAAUGUGGUGUUUGCACUAAGGGCCAACGCGGACCCGUCGGUGAUCAGCUGCCUGCACAACCUGUCGCGCAGGAUCGCCAUCGUCCUGCAGCACGAGGAGCGCCGCUGCCAGUACCUCACCCGCGAGGCCAAGCUCAUCCUGGCCAUCCAGGACGAGGUGUCUGCCAUGUCAGAGACCACAGAAGGGCCCCAGUCACCUUUUCAUCACAUCCUACCCAAGUGCAAACUGGCCAGAGAUCUCAAAGAGACAUAUGACAGUCUCUGCACGACAGGGGUGGUUCGUUUACACAUCAACAACUGGCUGGAAGUGAGUUUCUGCCUUCCUCACAAAAUCCACUAUGUUGCCACCAACUUCAUACCCCCAGAAGCAAUUGAGAGAAGUCUGAAAUCCAUCAGGCCUUACCAUGCCUUAUUACUUUUAAAUGAUGAGAAGUCAUUGCUUAAUGAGCUCCCGUUGGACUGUUCUCCUGCCCUGGUGAGAGUAAUUAAAACUACCUCUGCUGUGAAGAAUUUGCAGCAACUGGCUCAAGAUGCUGACUUGGCAUUGCUGCAGGUUUUCCAGCUUGCAGCACAUCUUGUUUACUGGGGCAAAGCAAUUAUUAUUUAUCCUCUUUGUGAAAACAAUGUCUACAUGCUUUCUCCAAAUGCCAGUGUCUGCCUGUACUCUCCCCUGGCAGACGCCUUCUCCUGCCAGUUCCGGGGUCACAACCUGCCCUCCAUGCUGGCCAAGUUCUCCCUGCCCGUGUCCCUGUCCGAGUUCAAGAACCCGCUGGCACCGCCCGUGCAGGAGACCCAGCUCAUCCAGAUGGUGAUCUGGAUGCUCCAGCACCGGCUCCUGAUCCAGCUGCACACCUACGUGUGCCUGAUGGUGCCCCCGCACGAGGAGGAGCUCCGGGCCCAGGAUGAGGACCUGCCCUUCACUGCCAGGGUUGGGGGACGGAGUCUGAGCACCCCCAACGCUCUCAGCUUUGGCUCUCCAACCAGUAGUGAUGACAUGACUCUGACAAGCCCUAGCAUGGAUAAUUCCAGUGCUGAGCUGAUACCUGGUGGGGACUCACCCCUAAAUAAGAGGAUGACAGAGAAUCUCCUGGCAAGCCUGUUGGAACACGAGCGGGAAGCCAUCCUGAACGUCCCAGCUGCCCAGAAUCCAGAGGAUCUCCGCAUGUUUGCAAGGCUGCUGCACUACUUCCGAGGCCGGCACCACUUGGAGGAGAUCAUGUACAACGAGAACAUGCGGCGCUCGCAGCUGCUGAUGCUGUUCGACAAGUUCCGCAGCGUGCUGGUGGUCACCAGCCACGAGGACCCCGUCAUCUCCGUGUUCCAGUCGCUCCUCAAGUGACUCUGCUGGCACACAGGGAGGAGCCUGCCAUGCUCUCCAUGCUGAGUCUGAAGGAUGCCUAGGACUCAGGAGGUGGUUUCAGUUCCUUCUCGCCGUGUGACACACAGCACGCUGUCCCCAUCCUGCCUCGAUGUCCCAGCGCAUCCCCGAGGCUCCAGGGGCUGCUGCAGGACAGCUCAGCCUGCUUGCUCAGCUUGGAUUCCUGUCCUGCCACACUCACAGCCCUUCCCUGGCCCUGCUGCUCCCCAGGGAUCCUCAGAGUGGGACAAGAGGGUUCUGCUGUGGCGCUGCUGGCAGAACUUUGGGGGGACACUGGGAGUGCUUCCUGUGCUCUCCAGCAUGGCUGUGGGACACUCAGCCAUGAGAGCCUGUCCCCACAGCACAGCAUGCAUGGCCUUGCUCCAGGGCACAGGGGAGCUGGCCUGGCUCCCCUGGGCACCCAGGAAUUCUGUUUGAUCUCACAGUGGUGAGGACAGGUGGGAAGGCAAAGUAUCACAAGUAAACAUGAAAUCAUGAAUGAAUGACUCAG